GAGACAGGCGGUCGCGAAAAUCCCUAGCAACAGUCGAAAACAAAGAGAGAAAGAAAGUGAAAGACUAUAUGGCUCUGUGGCGGAGUCGCGCUGCUGCAUGGAGGCCCCUCCGCCCAUUCAUCUGCCCUUCCCCCAUUGCUAAUACUGCGCAUCGCAGCUUCUCCUCUGCCGUUGCUCCUGACAUGAAUAAUCAGUCGUUAAUUGAGAACAUGAAAAGGGAGUUGCUUCAUCUUGACAUCAAUUCACAAAUUGGAAGUUCAGCAUUAUUGGUAGAAAACAGCCCCCCAUGACAUCGAAUGUGACUUCUUGGUGACAAACUCAAAUUAGAUAUUGUGCACGGCAGCUCUACUUGUCUUGGAUUAUUGAUAUCCCUUCCAAAUGCAGCAUUUGAGCAUGUGUUAAAAUUCCAAGAGCAAUCAUUCAUGGCAUCCACUAUAUAGGGCAAUUGCGGUUGGAGUGGAAAGGGAUUCACAGCUGCAAUGUGUUUUCUAUAACCAUAAUUGAAAGCAGAUGUGUUUGGCUGCAGCUGCAUUUGGGCUGGGGAGUCCUGCAAUUG